ACCCUGCUAAAAGCCUUGCGCUUCAUAUUUGAAUUAUCCUGUGGCUGAAGACAAAGAGAAAAUGCUACCUUUCACAUCAAUGAUUGCUCUCUGUGUGCUUUUAAUAGCAUUGCCAGUCUACACUGAAGGAGCAAUGGGUGCCGACAAUGAAACUUUAAAUGAAACCAACUCCACAACAGAUACCACCAAAUCCAAUAGUACUUCUGCGGGAGAGAACUCAACUUCAGGUGAAAUCAAUUUUCCAUCCAAUACAAACACCAACGUGUCUGUUAACUCCUCAGUCUCUGGUACCAAUAACACUGCGUCUGAGUCCGAACCCUCCCAGACUGUUAACAACACCAUGACUACAGGUACCAACUCAACGGAGCACGGAACCAACUCCAGUCUGACAGGAACAAAUCCUACAUUGCCAGGAACUACUAGCACAAUGAAUCCUUUGAACGCCACAGCUGCGUACCUUUCUGCAAACGCUUCCAGCAGCUGUAGCCUCUCAUACUUCCUCACCGUGGCUCAGUUAACCCUCGCGUUGCUAGUCUCCGUCAACAAGCUAAUGGCGUAAUCACAAUAAUCAUCUGUUGUAUUUUUCAAGUUUCGGUAUUGUUGUGCCAAAUGUAUUUUCAUGCUUUUUAAAGAACGUGGUGGUUUUGUUAGAGGACCACGUGGGUUCAACGUGAAAGCUUAGCAGUAUAAUGUAGGGUUCAGUUAAAGCUGUGACCACAGAACCACUAAAGGUGUAGCGUCAAUGUGCUUGUGUCCUUGUGCGAUAUUACCAAUAUUAAAAUAAGAAAAGAAUGAAUAAGAAAGAUAUUGAUCUGAACAUCUGAUUUUGUAAUACAAAAUGUAGUUCAACUUAAAAAAAAAAAAAAGUGGUUUGUCUAUUUUGACUAUGCAAUGCUACAAUGGUAAUGUAAGAGCAUGUUAUCUCGAAAUGAGACGCUUUGCAUAUGAUUUCUACCAAACCGAAAAAUGAAAAGGAUGGAUAAUAUUGUUUUUUUUGUUGUUGUGUUAAUUGUUAAUAAAAGCUCUGUUGAAGUGUACAGUAUAACAUUAUUAGUUCAUUCAGUAAUCUCUAAUUUCACUUUACUCCAGCACAAAUGAGGCCCUGUUGUUUACUUACAGGAAGGCAACAGCGUUAAUGUCUCAGAAUUAGACAUUAGCAUCUCAAUAUAUUAAAGCCAAAGAAAGGUCUCUUCUAGCCUCCAAACGAGACAUGUUUAACUAAAUGGAAACCUAUUUCAGAUAUCUAAACUGCAUUUAUGAAUUUAGCAGGGUUCUGGAAAAGGAAGAAAGUUAUUACAAAUACUGGUCAAAAGAUAUCUAGUGAAAAAAACAUUGUAUUUUAAUUACCAGUGUGCGUGUUCCUGGAGGAUUUGUAUAUACUCAAUUGUCCACACAUAUGUCAUAAAGUUUGGAUGUGUGAUGGGAUGGACCUUUCUGCCUUUAACAUGAAUGGGAUUCCUUUAUAUAUUGAUGUAAAAUAAAAUCAAAUUAUUACAUG